CUGAAGAUGGGCUAUCGACAUUUCGACACUGCAGCUGCUCAUGGCACGGAAGAAGCCGUUGGGAAGGGCCUCAAGAAGGGAUUUGUGGAUGGCCUGGUGAAACGCGAGGAGGUUUUUGUGACAUAUAAGUUUCACCUUCUUGAUGCCGGUGAAGUUCGCUCUGCUGUCGAAAAGAGCCUCAGCGCUCUACAGCUUGAGUACCUGGAUCUUUGCUUGGUCCAGUCCCCAUCGAAGCUUCUGAAAUCUUGCACAUACCCUCCCAAUCAGCGGGAGAGCGCUUCCCUUCCAUCAAGCGUGCAGGAGAUAUGGGAGGCUCUCGAAGACUGUGUGCAAAGCGGCCUGACAAAGGCGAUGGGUGUUUGCAACUUCUCAGCGAAAAACGUGAAAGAGAUAUUGGAGAGCGCUAGCGUGGUCCCCGCAGUAAACCAGGUUGAGUUGCAUCCUAUGUGGCAACAGAAACAGCUCCGUGAGUUCUGUCAGAGUGUGGGCGUUCGUGUGAGCUCAUGGCGUCCUUUAGGCGGGCAACCUCCACUCUCAGUUCUUAACAAUUCCGUCAUCAAAGAAAUCGCCGAAACCCAUGGAAAGACUCCGAAUCAGAUUGCGCUCCGGUGGUUACUUGAGAAUGGUGUAAUCUCAGUAAUUCAAAGCUACGAUCCAGAGAAACUGCUAGAGUACAUAAACUUGUUUGACUUCAAGUUUUCUGUUGAGGAUCUUGAGAAACUGGCGAGUCUCGACCAGGAUCUGCCAUUUUAUGUGGUUUGAUGGUCGAACGCUUUGCGCUUUUCUUUCGUUUUUGUUUUGUUCUUCAUUUAGUCAACUGUACAGCACAGUGAGCUUC